AGCUACCUCUCCUCCGCCUUCUCCGCUCUCCCGCAACCGUGCCGCUAUCUUAAUCUUUAGCAAAGCCACGGCUUAGCAGGGCUGUCCGUGAGUGCUGUGUGUACACAGCAAGCAGUACCUGGACAGGCGGGCCGUUUGCGUGGUGCGUUCGGUUUUAUUUGGCCGGACAAGCCUCACUAUACUGUGUCUCUCUCCAGAGCUGGGGACAGGGGAAUGACUAGCUCCAAUUCCCCGCGUCUGUUUCUCCAUCCGUAAGGAGCGCGAUUAAUGAUGCUACCUCCGAGAGGUAUGAAAAGCCGACUCCGGCCCUGGCUUUCACCCGGAAUCCUCUUCUGUGCAGUUCUUGUUGCUGUCAGUGCCAGCAUGCCAGCUGACCCAUGUCCCCACCGUCUGGACUGUGCCCUUGAAGGGCGCCACUUCUGCCAGUCAGGCUCCUUCCUCUGCGGCCCAUGCCUCACCCCAUUGGAGGAAAACGAGGAAGGGAAGUGUGUGUCCGUGAAGAGCCCCGCCCACUCUGUUAAAGCCGCCUCUUUUCCUGAGCUGGACGAGGAGAUUGACUUCCUGUCUGCCAUCAUUGCCAAACAGCAGGAGGGCAAACAACCAGUGAUGCCCACUCAGGCAUUACCCAAAGCCAACUCAGAGGCUCCCAAGCAGAAGAAGGAGUCCAACACCACAGUGGGACCCAGUACCGUACCCCCCCCUCCCCCCGUGCCUCCUGUUGGGAAGGGCAGCCCCUUGGUGGUCCCCUACCCCUCCAGGGACCGUCUGCUGAUGAUCGUGAUUUCUGUGUGUGUCAUCGUGGGCAUGGUGGCUUUGAUUCUGGCGGCGGUUUGCUGGAUCAGGGUGCAGAAUGGAACGCGACUGGCGCAGAAGAUGGAUUACCCAGCAUUCAGCGGGCCGCCGCCUGCCUCAUCCUCUGACGGGACCUCGCUGGGGGAUAAGACGCUAGCGCAGAGUGCCCAGAUGUACCACUACCAGCACCAGAAACAACAGAUGCUGUCGAUGGAGAAACACAAAGAGGAGCCCAGGGUUCCUGAAUCUGAGGCCACAUCGGAUGAGGAGAAUGAGGACGGGGACUUCACCGUGUACGAGUGUCCUGGGCUGGCACCGACUGGAGAGAUGGAGGUGAAGAACCCUCUUUUUGACGACUCGACUCUAAACCCACAGAGGAACCACAAGUAGUCCUGGGUGCACACACACACACACACACACCAAAACACAUGCACACACACAGCCACAGAACCUUCUCUGAAUAAAAGGGAUAGAAGAGAGCCUUGGGAAGAGGGAAAAGAAGGAGAUGACGGUCACUGGGAUCUGCACCCGAACAACCUGCCCCCUGAUGGACACUCAUUGCAACUGCUUCUCACUCUCAAUGGAUCCUGCUGUUUGCCUGGAUCCUGGCCAUUCCCUGCCCACUCUAUUGGACUGUUCCCAAUUUAAGGAGCUGAUGUUCCUCCUGAACCCCCCCCCCCCCCCCCCCACACACACACACACACAUAAUUAUUUUGACCAUAUGGCUCUACAUAUUUUCUCUUAAUCUGACCACCUUAUUGCUGUUUCAUUGUUGUUGUCUUUCUAUAUUGUGCUAGUUGUUUUCUAUUUGACUGUUCUGAGAGAUAGAUUAUGUUGAGACCUUUUUUUCAGUUUCUCUUUUGUGUAGUUCUUUGUUCUCUCUCUCUCUCAAACAUCAUUUUUGUCAUCCUGUAUAACUGUGUUUCUCAUGUUUGCUUUUACCGAUUCUAAACAGUGGACUCUUUUCCCAAAGCUAUAAUACUGUAAGAGGUUAAAUGAGAUAGAAAACACACGCCCACAUACACUUGCCCUCUCUGUCUGAGACACACACACUCACAUACGCACACACACACGUUCCAGCGUCAUCCUUCAUUUUUGUCUCCAGGACCAAUGCCUCACUGUGCAAAGCUGUUCAUUGAAACACAUCUGAUUAGUUAGGUUUGCUGAAGAUCUUACUGACUAGAGCUGAUGUGUAAAAUGGCGGGAUGUGGAGUAUGUUUAGAAAUGUACUCUAAGUGACAUAAAGAGGAAGGAGACUUGGGGCUUACUGUAAACGGCACUUAUACUGUGAGUCUUUUUUUCUGUUUUUUUUGUUUUUUUUUCAGGGAAGAUUGGCAAAGAUGUGCUCCGUUUCUGUACCGUCCAAAACAUGUUUUUUAAAUUAAUUUCUUUUCUUUCUUUUUUUUUACAUUGGACAUAAGAGAUUUUAAUAAUCGUCACAUAUGGAUGUACGCAGUAGAACUUGAUUGUACAUAGGCAUUACUCUACUGGUUGACAGAAUUUUAUGCAUGAUGCAAUUUCACUUACAUGAGAAAGAAAAUGAAAACGCGGAUUAUCCUAUGUUUGUAUGUGUGUGUGCACAUGUCAGUAUACGCACAUUCACACACAUACAUACAUUGCAGUCUUCAUGUAGUUGGACAGUUCAUACAAUUUCUGUUCUUUUGGCACUGUUGUCAAGCACAUUAGGUUUAAAUGUAACAGUAAAUGUGAGGUUAACGUGCAGACAGUCCCCUCUUACUUGAGGCUAUUUUUUAAUUUUUUUAGGGGACCAAAAGUAAUUGGAUGGCUGGCUUCUUGACUGCUUCUGAAUAGUCAGGUGUAUUCAUUUGCUUCCUUACUGCAGGUAUAAGAAUCAGUAUCAGUAUCUAGUCUUGAUUCUAGGCUUUUUAUUGCCUUCAGAGUCUGUCAUUGGUAUUUGCCCACUAGAGCCCCAGAGUUGAAACUGUAAAGAAAGUCACAAUGAGACUGAGAAAUAAGAAGAAAAAAAAAAAGUUAUUUUAACCUCACAUUUAUUGUUUCAUUUCAAAUCCAAAGUGCUGGACUACAGAGCCAAAAAGAACAGAAAUUGUCCAAAUGCAUAUGGACUGCACUGUACAUACAUAUGUGGGAUACCCUCAAUUCAUGGAUAAUAGUUUGUUGUGUACUGUCUGGAAUGGGAGCAGAUAUGUAACACGAUGAAUGUCGUUAUUUGUAGUGAAAUUCCAAAGCACUGUAGACUGCCCUGUAGUCAAGUGACGGAGCCCAGAAUAUCUCAGACCGACUUAAGCUCCUCAUCUCUCUUUAAAUAUAAAAACCCUCACCAAAUGCCACUACCGGACUUCCUGUUUAAUGUAAAUACUCGUUCAGAGAGAAAUAAAUUCAUAUUUGCCUAUCUAGAGGGACUUAAUCACGUGAAUCGGAUCCCCCUGUUCUGAUUGAAUGGGACACUUUUGUUUAGCGGUUUACCGUGUUAAGGACAUUACACGUCGCUCCUUGGGAAUGCUGUGACUAGAGGAAUUUACAGCUUGGUAUGAACAAGCGACCCCAAAAAACAUUUCCACCCUGAAUCAAGUCACAUUUAAAUUGAUGAAUGUAUUAAUUAAUUGAUAAUUAAAUCUUUGUACCAUAAGAGUGAACUGAUAGAUUGUUGACCUUAGUGGUCAAAAGAUUGUUGUUGGCUGUUGAGCACCAAUAUUUUAAGAAAAUGUACAUUCCUUAACAUUCCAGUUGUGGGAUCAGUCAGAAAAAUAAUAAUUUGUUCCAAAUGGAAAUUUACUAUCAGCAAAGUAGUAGAAAAUAAACACAAGGCCAGAAACCA